UCGUUUUCUGUUUACAAUCACUCGAAUCAGAACGAAAACAUAUGUAUAUUGUAUACUACGUACGAAAGUACUCCAGAAUAUCAUCGAGAAGAAUCAAUGAUCGUUGGUUGUGAUUGACACAAACCAUUACAAUUUGAUUGUCAAACAUGAGUGACAAGCAGAAAGUCCUUAUUUGCGGGGAUGUGGAAGGGCAUUUCAAGUUCCUGUUCUCCAAAGUCGACGCUAUCAACAAGAAAAGCGGCCCAUUCGAUUUUCUGUUAUGCGUCGGCAAUUUCUUCGGCGCGGAUAACUCCGAAUUGGAGUCGUACAAAUCCUGCGAGAAAACCAUCCCGGUACCCACGUACAUCAUCGGCCCCAACCGAGAGUCGGACCUGACGGAGUAUCCCGAGGAGGAUGGAUGCGAGAUAUGUCAGAAUCUCACUUAUCUCGGAAAGCGUGGUCUUUACACGGCCAGUUCGGGUCUCAAAAUAGCGUAUGUCAGUGGCAUCGAGAAAGUCCCGCCCGAGAACAAGGCCAUUCACUUCGACGAGCACGACGUUGUGUCCGUCAGGAACAGUUGCUUGAAGGGCCAACCGAGUUUUCGCGGCGUGGACGUCUUGCUGACGUCUCCGUGGCCGGAAGGCGUGACCAAUCUCGACGCCAACAAGCCGGAAUGCAAGUACAGGGGUUCCAAGUUAAUCGCCUGGCUCGCUACUCACAUUAAACCUAGAUAUCACGUGUCGGCCUUGGAAGGGAUUUAUUACGAACGGCCACCAUAUCGAAAUCAAAGCCAGGGUGACGAAAGUAUGGAAAUAGCCACUAGAUUCAUAGCUCUCGCGCCGACACUGAAUGACCAGAAGAAGAAGUGGUUGUACGCGUUGAAUUUGACACCCGUCGACAGGACCAGGCUGUCGGAUCUGGUUAUGAAGACGACCGACGAGACGUCGAGUCCGUAUCCCAAAUCUAUGCUGUCCGACGAUCCGACUUCGCAGAAGCAGGCUCACACGCAGUUCUUCUACGACAUGGACUCGAAAGACAAUGCGAAGAGAUCGCGGCAUCAGAACAGCGGCCUGAAUAAAAAGGCGAAGCCGGAAUUCGAUCAGUCGAAGUGCUGGUUCUGCUUGUCCAGUCCGGUGGUCUCCAAGCACCUGGUGAUCUCCGUCGGCACAGAGAUCUACCUGGCACUGGCGAAGGGCGGUCUGGUGGAGGAUCAUCUCUUAAUUCUACCGAUAACGCAUCAUCAGAGUCUGUCGAUUCUACCGAAGACCGUGAAGGAGGAGAUGGAUCUCUACAAGAAAGCCGUGAGCAAGUACUACGAGAGUACCGACAGAGUACCCGUGUUCUUUGAGAGAAACUUCAAAACGUCUCACUGUCAAUUGCAAGCUGUACCUGUUCAUAAAAAUCAAGCACCCGCACUGAAGGAAAUGUUCGAGGAAUUGGCCGAAUGUAACAAUUUCAAAAUAACGGAGUUGCCGCCACACUCAGAUUUGCAGCAGAUCGCCGCACCCGGCGUUCUAUAUUUUUACGUAGAAUUACCGGACGGAGGAAUCUUGUAUUAUAGGAUCAAGAAAGACUUCCCGCUACAAUUCGGUAGAGAAGUAUUAGCGUCCGACAGGAUAUUAGAUAUCAACGAUAGGUCUGAUUGGAAAGAUUGUCAUAUGAGCCAAGAGGAAGAGACUGAGCUGGCGAAGAAGAUUAGGAAACAAUUUGCGCCAUUCGACAUAGAUACUUAAAAAUAUCCGUAUUAUUUAUGCUUUAAGUAUACGUACAUAAUAUACGUACAGUAGUGUAUAUAUUCGUAUGAAGUAUGUCAUAAUUAAAAUUUUAUAAUCUAUUUCUUAUUUUAAUUUUUAUAUGUCCAAAAAAUGUGCGUACAGAUAAAUUGUGGCAUUAUGGCACAUCGAAUUAUGGCAUAAAAAUUAAUUUUGUAUUCAUUUUUAAGUCCAAAUAUUUCUGUAGAUCACUUGUAUGUAUUAUAGAAUUUUUAUAUGCCCAAAAAAUGUAUAUACAGAUAAAUUGUGGCAUUAUGGCACAUCAAAUUAUGGCAUAAAAA